CUCCAUUCAUGUCUUUUGCACACACACACACAUUUCUUCUCUUUUGCUUUCUCUCUCCGAAUUCAUCUCAACUUCUCUCAUACUUGCAGAGAACUAGAGAAGUGAAGCAAUUUGGAGUGAGAGAAAGAAGGAUAAGGAAAGUUUGAUAGCGAUGGGGAAGGAGGUGCUGAAUGCCCUGGACGUAGCAAAAACACAAUGGUAUCACUUCACUGCAAUCAUCGUGGCUGGAAUGGGCUUCUUCACCGACGCAUAUGAUCUCUUCUGCAUAUCACUCGUGACAAAGCUUCUAGGGCGCAUAUACUACCACGUUGAAGGGUCACCAAAGCCUGGCACGUUGCCUCCACACGUGUCAGCCGCCGUCAACGGCGUAGCUUUCGUCGGAACCCUUUCUGGGCAACUCUUCUUUGGCUGGCUCGGUGACAAAUUGGGCCGAAAAAAAGUGUAUGGCAUGACACUCAUGCUCAUGGUGAUAGCUUCCAUUGCUUCGGGUCUUUCCUUCGGACACGACGCAAAGACUGUGAUGGCAACUCUUUGCUUCUUCCGCUUCUGGCUUGGCUUCGGCAUUGGUGGAGACUACCCUCUUUCCGCCACCAUAAUGUCUGAGUACGCUAAUAAGAAGACACGUGGCGCAUUUAUAGCAGCGGUGUUCGCCAUGCAAGGGUUUGGAAUUUUGGCGGGAGGUGUGUUUGCGAUUGUGAUAGCAUCUGCAUUCAAAGCUAGGUUUAGUGCUGAACCCUACGAGGUUGACCCAUUGGGGUCAACUGUUCCACAAGCUGACUAUGUUUGGAGGAUUAUUCUAAUGGCGGGAGCAGUUCCUGCUGCGUUGACUUACUAUUGGAGGUUGAAGAUGCCAGAAACUGCACGCUACACUGCUUUAGUUGCAAAGAAUAUGGAGCAAGCUGCAGCGGAUAUGUCUAAGGUUAUGCACGUGGAGAUUCGAGCUGAGACAAAAAUGGAGGAGAAAGCACAAGGAAAAUCGUAUGGAUUGUUCUCCAAGGAGUUUUUUACUCGUCAUGGACUUCAUCUGCUUGGAACAACUACCACGUGGUUCUUGCUUGAUGUUGCAUUCUACAGCCAGAAUCUCUUCCAGAAGGAUAUCUUCAGUGCAAUUGGAUGGAUUCCUCAUGCAAAAACCAUGAAUGCUCUUGAGGAGGUUUUCAGAAUUGCUAGGGCUCAAACUCUUAUUGCUCUUUGCAGCACAGUUCCGGGUUACUGGUUCACUGUGGCCUUCAUUGACAAGAUAGGGAGAUUUUCGAUUCAAUUGAUGGGGUUCUUCUUUAUGACUGUUUUUAUGUUUGCUCUUGCCAUUCCCUAUGAUCAUUGGACUCAUAAGGAGAAUCGAAUAGGGUUUGUGGUUUUGUACUCUCUCACCUUCUUCUUUGCGAACUUUGGGCCUAAUGCUACCACAUUUGUUGUGCCAGCGGAGAUUUUCCCUGCUAGGUUUAGAUCAACUUGCCAUGGAAUAUCUUCAGCAUCGGGGAAGCUUGGGGCUAUGGUUGGUGCAUUUGGUUUUUUGUAUUUGGCUCAGAACCAGGACAAGAGUAAAACAGAUGCGGGGUACCCUGCAGGUAUUGGUGUGAGGAAUUCGUUGCUUGUGUUAGGUUUUGUUAACAUCUUGGGCUUCAUGUUCACUUUCUUGGUGCCUGAGGCGAAGGGUAGAUCCUUAGAGGAUAUUUCUGGUGAGAAUGAAGAAGUUGAAACCAAUAAGGUGUAAAAUAGUGGCCACAGCAGUCACAUGCAUGGUGGCAGCCAGAAAUGGAAUAUUAAUGCAAUGUCUUCUUUGUUUAGGUGAUGAGUGCUGUAUUACUAAAAUAAAGUCGAGCCUUCAAGGCUAGGGAACUGUUACCAAAGCUUUCCCUUCUAGUUUGCUACUUCUGUUUGGUUCUGCUUGUAACAAUAGGGACCUGAGGUGUUGUUUUGUUCUAUGAAUAUUGUGAAAAGAGAUGUUUGUAAUAUAUGUGUAGUUUGGUCAACAAAUGUGUAGUUCUUUCGAUAA